AUGGCGAUUCUUGAUGCUCGCUACGACCUUGCUGAGCUCACGGGUACUACGGACCUGAUCGUCCAACGCUUGGUGUCCGAUCAGAACCUUGCAAAUAUCGCAGAUGCUCUUGGAAUCACGCCGCAUCUUGCUAUCUGGUAUCAGAAAGGGGUUGAAGUUUCCAAGAGAGCCAAGGCCACCACGAUAGAAGCCAUCAUCGGCGCAGUCUGGUUUGACUCUGGUAAAGAUCUUGAUGCUGUGAAGAAGAUAUUGCCGGCGUUGCUUGGGGAGGAACUGGACGCUCAAAAGACAGAUCGAUGA